AUGUCGCCUUUCAACCUUGGAUUAUUGAUAUUCCACUGUGUGGUGGCAGAUGGGAAUUCAACCACAAGUACUGAAAGUGAUGGUCUUCUCUGUGGAGAUGCUGGAGAAAAUUGUACAGCUGCUACUACCACACAGUCAGAGUGGACAGGCCACUUCUCUCAAUGCCCCAAGCAAUACAACCAAUAUUGCAUCAAUGGGAGAUGUCGAUUCCUGGUGGCCGAGCAGACGCCCUCUUGUGUCUGUGAAGAAGGUUAUGUUGGGGCAAGAUGUGAAAGAGUGGACUUGUUUUAUCAAAAAGAAGAUAGAGACCACAUUGUGGUGAUUUGCUUGGUAGCAGUUAUGGCGUUUUUAAUUAUCCUGGUGGUUGGUAUCUGCACAUGCUGUCAUCCUCUACAAAAAUAUCAUAAAAGAAGGAAGAAAGAAAAUAUGGAAACCCUGGAAAAAGACAGAACUCCAAUAAAUGAAAAUAUUCAAGAGACUAGUAUUGUUUAA